AGCGGAUCGAGCUGCAUGGCGGGAGCGGUCAUCCACGAGGUGACACUUCGAGUAUGCACGCGACAGCUCCGAUGGGGCCUUCCGCAGCAGUCCCAGAAUCGCAACAGGGUCCAGCACCGUUGAUGCGUCAUCCCGAGGUUCAGGGAGAGAUCAGUCCUCACCCGGCAGUGCGGGACGAGGGUUCUGUCAAGGCACUGCAUCCACUCACGUCUGCCAUAGCGGCAAUCUCGGUUGCAGCGACCUCGGAUGUGGGACAACCACUGGCAGCGGCGGAGCAAGAMAGUAUGCUCCCMCCUCGCAGUGUUCAACCGCGGCCACCGCCUGCAUUGAUGGAGGGGAGUCAGGGGACCGUUGUUGUGUGUCAAGRCGACGAUCUCCCGGAACGUGAUAUCUCACACACUCCCGCAGCCGAGCAGAGCGCCGCAKACCUUGWCGGCCUCGCAUGCCCCACCGRCAGUCUUCCGGGUACCGGCGAGUUACUGACCACGGACUCUGCGCUCGUUUCUCUACCGGACUUGUCGACGUUGAUAUCCCCAGGUCUACCCCAUGUGUCACCGCCCAAGCCACAACAGCCUGUUGUCAUUGAGCGUGGAUCGGACGGGUUUGACGUGGCAGGAGGCGAUACUGCCGAUAUGAUUACGAGCCCAAUGGUGUCUGUCACGCCCACAAUUUUUCGUGUUGGCAAACUACGCGAGGUGGCCCUUGGUUUGGCGGAGACGGCGACGCGACACCGCCGCGACGGUCAGCGCAGCAUCGCACAACGCAGUCUUUCUCAUUCGUUUGACGGCGCAGAGGAAGGGUCUCAUGGUGGGCCAGUUGACACACUCGAAAGAGAAGCAAGACCCCCAAGUCCGCCGUCAAACUUAGAGCAUCAUCUGAUUGUCGCGGCUGUCGGCGCAGAUGCGGGCGUCCCCGUCACAAACAGUGGCGCAGAUGCGACAUGACAGCUUGUGGUUGGGUCAUCGGCGACAGCACGGCGCGACAGAGCCACUGUUUUGCCGACAGUGGCAUUUUAUGCCAGCGGGAAGA